CGAGGGCUGAGGUCGCCUUUCCUCCCUCGCCUCCCAGCCUUGGCGGCGGAAGGAGCUUGAAGUCAACGCUUCCGCCCAGUUUUCCCGAAGGAGGGGGCCAGCCAGACGCUGGGGAAGCGCCGCGGUUCCUUCUGGGGAUUGGGGCGCUGCAGCUAAACUUGCUUGCUUUCCGCUGUGGAGAGGGGAACAGUCCUGCUCGCCCGUCCGCUCGGCUUCUUCCUCCCCAACCACUAGCCGCUGGUGACGCAUCCACCCUCCCUCAUCUCCAGGCUGCUUUAAAAUCCCCCCCCUUCGCCUUUUCACCUUCCCUCCUCCCUCUUCCUCCGCUCGCUCGCCUGGGGCUGAAUUAGUUCCUCUCGCAGUGUGGCGUCUGCUUGCUCCUAGAGCUGCUUUCCUUUUUUUUUUUUCGCGCGCUCUGUGACUUGGGGCCGCCGGUCCUGCUGGAGUCUGGAGGAAUUUCUGUUGCUCUGCUUUCCUUACUGGCAGCAGGGGGGUGGGGGGGAGGGAGCGGCGGCGGCGAAGGCCAAUGUGUGGAUGAAGGACCUGCUGCAGUAGCGGGCAAUGUGGGCUCCUGUCCGGGUGCAGCUGCAGCCACACAAGGACGCUGCUGGGGAGCUGCGCUGCAAUUGACUCUGCUUGUCACCGUCGCCGAGACCAGCGGCGGCCACCCUUUGCCAAGCGAAAAAAGCAGAAGCUGCGAUCGGUGCCGCUGACGGCUUCCCCCCUCCUAGGAGCCAGUCCGAGUCUCCGGAGGUGGAUUUGAAGGCUGCUGUUUUACCCACCACCCCACCCCACCCCACCCCACCCCACUCAAGGAUUGAGGCCAUUCUGGCGGAAGGGUGCGAAGGGGGGCUAGAGCUGGGGUUUAACAAUGGUGGGGUUUCUGGUGAGCUUCUGCUGCGCCCUGGCCGCGUCAGUGCUGCUCCAUCCCGGUGUCGGAUCUCGGUGAGGAAAAAAUGAGCGAAGAGACGGCGAAUUCUAACCAUGAGUAAGUUAGCUUUCAUCCUUGCUGGUAAUAGUUAUGCCCGUGUGCGAGCUGUGGUGAUGACCCGUGAUGACUCAAGUGGCGGAUGGUUACCGCUUGCAGGAGGUGGACUAAGCUGCGUCACGAUUUUCAAAGUCAUUCACCAAGAAGAAAGUGGCUGUGCUGAUUUUCUAAUACAUGGGGAGCGUCUCAGGGAUAAAACGGUGGUUUUGGAGUGUACAUUAAAGAAGGGGCUCAUUUACAAUAAGGUUACGCCAACUUUUCACCACUGGAAGAUUGAUGACAAAAAAUUUGGCCUCACAUUUCAAAGUCCUGCUGAUGCAAGAGCAUUUGAUAGAGGAAUUCGUAGGGCUGUAGAAGAUAUAUCUCAAGGUUGUCUGACCUCACAUGAUGAAAUUGAAGUGCCUGCAGAUGGCUUUCCAGCUAUUCCAGAAAACACAUCAAGUUUGCUAAUGAAAGAUCAGAGUUUCCAACAUGAAUCUCUAGCAAGCAAUGAUCCUCACAAAAGCUUAAGUAUAAGACCCUCAGUGUUUGAAGAUUUGAACACCAGAAAAUCAUAUUUCCACAGCCAGCCAAACCAGAUACCCCAGAAACCAGUCAGGAGCGUCACUUUUCAGGAUGAAGAAGAAAUUGUUCGAAUAAACCCUCGUGAUAUUUUAAUACGUCGCUAUGCAGACUAUAGGCAUCCUGAUAUGUGGAAAAAUGACUUAGAUAGGGAUGAAAUAGAUUCCUCACUGCACUGCCCUAAAGCAGACCAUAAAAAGUCUGACUAUCUGUACCCAUCCGGAGACGGACCUAAACUGAAUUCCCUAAAAGAUUCAAAGAGUUCUGUGGUACUUAAAACACAGCCUCCUUCUAUCAAAUUAAAAAAAUCGAAGAAAAGGAAAGAGGAUGGUGAGCGCUCUCGCUGCGUAUACUGCCAGGAAAGGUUUAACCAUGAAGAGAAUGGCCGGGGCAAAUGCCAGGAUGCCCCAGACCCGAUUAGAAGAUGCAUAUACCAAGUUAGCUGCAUGCUUUGUGCCGAGAGCAUGCUCUACCACUGCAUGUCAGACUCUGAGGGGGAUUUCUCUGACCCCUGUUCCUGCGACACCAGUGAUGACAAGUUCUGCUUGCGAUGGCUCGCCCUCAUCACUUUAUCGUUCAUUGCACCAUGUAUGUGCUGCUACCUCCCACUGAGAGCAUGCCACCACUGUGGCGAAAUCUGUGGAUGCUGUGGAGGAAAACAUAAAGCUGCAGGAUGAAACAGUCCAGUGCAAAAAUGGGCUGACAAGUCUUUAUUGUUGGGAAGUAUCUAACUCAUGGAAGCACUUGGUAAGCAGAAGAGAAAACCCACCCCUAGGAAAGGCCUGUUGUGGAAGACGUAUCAGAACUGUGGCAUUUGACAAACGCAAGCCAUGCCUUUAAGUGCAUGGAGCAAGUGGUGAAGGAGUUCCUGCAAAAUGAAAGCCUUUUCUUCCAGCUGGUAUUUGAAAGAAGUAUAAACUGCAGUCCAUACUUCAGCACUCUGUACAUUUUGUGCUAUAGGUGAUGGGGGGUGCUCUUUUGAAAUAAUCCAUUUGGCAGAAAAUUUAACUAAACCUGCACUAGCAGAAGCUGAUUUAAAACUAAGGGAAGUUAAUAUCUUGGCAGAUAGAAGAAAUUAAAUUGAUUUUCAGUGCAACUAAAUUACUUAUAAAUAGUUUUGAGAAACAGUUUUAUGUACAAAUAACAAAUGUUUAUAUUUAACAAAGUAUACGGUACAAAUUGUUAAAUCUUUCUUCCACUUUCCAGUUCAGCAGUUACGGACCAUGUUUUCCAGGCACAUUCCGUGAUAGUAUUUCUCAGUUUUAAAUACUUAGUAUUUUUAUUCAUAUAGAGAAAUCAAUAUUUUCAGUCUUAUUUCCCUUCAACUACAUUUUUGUAUUAAUUUUCUUCUGUACAUUCUGGUAAUCUGAAAGCCUUUAAAUAUUAAUUAUUGUAGUCUUGAAUGACCAAUGUUUUGUUAAGCACAGAUAUAAUUAUCUAAUGCUCUUAUGAGAACAUAACAUUUAUUUUUAUAUAUAAAUAACUCUAAUUUCAAUGUAAUGGCAAGGUUCCUCCCACCCACCCCCACACACACAGCCAGCAGAUUUUCUUUUAGGAUUUCCUCCUAAAAAUGUUGAUGACAGAUGUUUGGGAAAAGAAAAUUACCACUUAGAAAUUGUUUAAAAUACAUACUUAUGACUUCGUUUCAACUUGGUGCCAGUUAUUCCUUUGAACUAUAUGUUUCCAUUAUUUUACAUUUAUUUGACCUACCACAAGUUAAAUGUAUGCUAUAUGACAAACUGUAGUCCAGGUAGGAAAAAGCAAGUUAAUUUCUUGUUGAAUGAAAAUGGAUUUUAUUUUUUCUUUGAGUUGUAGCAUAUUAAUGAAUAUGUUUAACUUAACGUUUGGCUGUGUGUUCUAAAUGCCAUUUCUGGUAAUUCCUAAAUGUUAUCUAUCAUAUGGCAUAAUAACAUAAUUAAGCAUAGAGGGUUUUUUUAUUAAUAAAAGUUUAAAGCAGUGGAGCAGUCAUUCAUUCAAGAAAGUUAAAUGGUGUGGAGGAGGGAGUAAAAUGUGUCUUUAAUAUGUUUUUGGAUUAAAAUUAAAAUUUCACACUUUUUAA